UUUGGUCUUGACUCUCUGGUUCUCCCUAGGUGGGACACCUCCAGCCUGGCUGUGCCAAGGAUAUCAGAGUGACCUUGAAAUCCAAAGUCCCGGUCACCAUCAAAAGGCACUCUGUGAACUGUAAGGUGGACAAGAUCAAAUACCAGCUGCCACCAGAAGAGGUUUACAACUGGGACGAUGGAAUGUACACUGAGAAAUGGGAGGACACCACUGAGAGAUUACCAGGAGCCCGCUGGCCUAUCAAGGAGAAGGUGGCCAAGGCAGUCCCGGAACCACCUCACACCGUCCUGGAGAAGAGCAGCCGCGAGGUUGAGCUUUUCCUCAGUGCUCAGGUUGACUAUGCCAAGUUCAAACUAGACACGGUCGAGGUUCAGAUGAAGCAGACUGAGCCCUUCCAGACAGAUAUAAGCACUUUCCAGAUGUCCAAUACAGGCAAAGUAGCCCUGAAAUACUCCUGGGAGGUGGAUCUGGAGGAGGAAAGACCAUCAAAGAGUUCUGGAAAGCCGUUCUCGGUCACUCUGAUGCGUUAUUUCUUGUCCUCUGAUACUGUGGAUCACUGGUUUAAGCAUCGUGCAAGUCGGGUGCACUGGGCGUCGCCGCUCGAGUCAACUCGGCCCCAGUCAAGUCGGCCCCACUCUACUCAGCCCACGCCAAGUCGGCGCCGUUCAAGCCAGAUGACCUGCCUUUCGAAGCAUGUUAGUUCCUCUAUGGAAUUGUAUCCAGAUGACUUAAAUGACCCACCGCUGUUCUCCAUCGAGCCUGACUGUGGUACCAUCCCUGCUGGACAAAACCAGAUUUUCCACGUGAAAUUCUGCCCGAUGCGUGUGGGGGAAUUUAAGGCUGAAAUGCUGUGCAGCAUUCCUAACCUGAAGCCAUCUCAGAAGAGCCCAUCGGUGUUUGUGAUGGGGAAAGGCUAUUUGCGGAAGGCUGGUCUGAAACACUCUACAUCACUGCAAAAAGGUGAAACCCAGAGCAGCAAACCAAAGAAGGUGCAGCGGUCAGCAAAACCAGAGUGACACCAUUUGUGUCAUGGCUUCUUCUGCUCAUGGUUUCCCAGCCUUCACCAGAGGCCUCCCCAGCUGCUCUUCAACCCCCAACACCCAUCUCUACGUCAUCCACAUACUACCUAAUAAACUGUGUCUCAACCCACAA